CACUCUUUCCCCCCUCCAGUAUCGAACAACCGCCACCUCUUCCUCCUCGUGCUCUUCUUUUUUUAUUUUUAUUUUUUUGCUGCUACUGUAAAAGAAAGCUCAAAGCUAGAGAGAGAGAGAGAGAGAGAGAGAGAGAGAGAGAGAGAUGGGUUAUGCCAAGGUGUUUCUGGGUGUGCUCUUAGUCACUGCUCUGGCGGCCACAUCGACGGCACAGACGAAACUCAAGUGCAGCAAAGCAGGCGCUACGUGUACAGCCCUGAUCGACUACGUGUCCCCGAACAACACCAACGUCACCACCAUCCAAUCACUCUUCCAAGUGGAGAAUUUCCAGAACCUUCUCGGCGCAAACAACUUCCCCACCUCCACCCCAUCCGACAAAGAUGUGACUGCGAAGAAGAAGAUCCGAAUCCCCUUCACCUGCCUGUGCGACAACGGGACGGGCGUGUCGAAUCACAAACCGGUGUACACGGUGCAGGAAGGGGACACCUUGGACCAUAUUGCCAGGGACGUGUUCUCGGGUCUGGUAACGUACCAGCAAAUAGCGGAUGUUAAUGGGUUGCCGGAUCCGAACAAUAUUACACGGGGCCAAGAGCUGUGGAUCCCACUGCCGUGCAGCUGCGAUGAAGUGAACGGGGCUAAGGUCGUACAUUAUGGAAUGGUGGUGGAUGCAGGAAGCACGGUGGAGGUGAUAGCGAAGCAGUACGGGACUACUCAGGCUACACUUUUGAGACUCAAUAACAUGACUGAUCCAAGCAAGCUUCAGGCCGGUCAAGUCCUUGACAUUCCUCUCCCAGCUUGUUCAUCUAAUGUAAACAGCAGCUCCUUGGACUACCCCUUCCUUCUUGCCAAUGGCACUUAUGUCUACACUGCUUACAACUGUGUGAAGUGCAAAUGUGACUCAGCCAACAACUAUACACUGCAAUGCGAGCCUUCUGGACUCAAAUCAACCAACUCCGACUGGACUACAUGCCCUGCCAUGCAAUGUCAAGGUGCAGACGGUCUAUUCAUCGGUAACAAAACAUCUUCCGGUUGUAACCAAACAAGUUGCGUCUAUUCAGGUUUCACUAGCAAAUCCAUUUUGACAUCCCUCGUCACAGAGUCCAUUUGUCCAGCUCCUUCUGCUGCUUGGAAGAUUGGUUUUCAAGGUUUGGGAUGGAACUUCUUCCUUUUCAUUUCAAUUCAGUUGAUACUCUUCCUUUCUCUUCAUCUUUCUUAGUAAGAUGUAUGUAUUGUCUACGCUUUCAUCAACUUCCUGUACGAGUAUAUAAGCAGACAAUUGUAAUGUGGAGUACAUGUUUUGGCUGAAUUUUCGUGUAUCAGAAUAAACAUAUUCCAUCAGGCAGCAGAUAAUUGAAGUUUUUUUUCGAUCA